AAUAAACAUCGAAAUAGGUCUUUCACAUUUUUAAGGAUAACAUAAUUUUUAGUGUAGCGUGGUUGGUGGCGUGGUGCUAAAGUAAAGCGGGCAUAUUCUGGUACCUGCCAUUAUUGUCUUUGCCUUUUAUGGAGAUUCAUAGUUCAUCUAAAGUGAUCACCCUCCGUCCAUUCAAGCUGACGGACGUGGAUGAUCUGCUGUCAUUCGCAGGCGAUGAUCAAGUUACUAGAAACCUUCGAUGGAAGACUUUGACAUCCAAAGAUGAGGCUUUGACUUUCAUCAAAGAUGUUUGUAUACCCCACCCUUGGAGGCGUUCGAUAUGCAUGGAUGACCGUUCGAUCGGGUUCAUCUCUGUGUUCCCAGGAUCAGGUGAGGACAGGUGCAGAGCAGAUGUAGGAUAUGGUUUAGCCGUGAAGUACUGGGGACAAGGGAUAGUCACACAGGCAAUGAAGAUUGCAGUUCCUCAAGUGUUCAAGGACUUGCCAGAAAUAGUAAGGCUGCAAGCUUUUGUAGAUUUAGAGAAUAAAGCCUCUCAAAGGGUAUUAGAGAAAGUUAGGUUCCAAAAAGAGGGGCUUCUCAGGAAAUAUUUCAUUCUCAAGGGAGUAUUAAGAGAUUUUAUUGUCUAUAGCUUUUUAUCGACCGAUUUUCCUUCCUCAACGAUUAUUGGUAAAUAAUUAAGGAAAGAGUUAUAUUACAAAUGUGUUUGUUAAUGAUAUAUAUUUGGAGUCUUCACUAAGAAGUUGUUUAUGUAAAUGAUAUACCAAAACUUUAAGUUAAAACUAUAUAUGUGAAGGUUUAGCAAAACCUCAUAAGUUGUUAUUAUUAUUAU